GUUCACAGAUAACACAUUCUUAAGUCAAUCAUGACCUCAUUGUCAUCAUCAUCAUCAUCUCAGCUAGCGGGGUCAAGCUCUUCAUGCAGGACUCUUCCAGGGGAAGGGACUCAGGUCCACCCCAGAGCUCCUUUGCUGCAGAUCCUGAGAGUAGCAGGUGCUCGGGAGGAGGUGUUUACCCUGAAGGAGGUUAUGCACUACCUGGGUCAGUACAUCAUGAUGAAGGAGCUGUAUGACAAACAGAGACAACACAUUGUCCACUGUCAAGAUGACCCACUUGGAGAGCUACUGGAAGUGGGGAGCUUUUCUGUUAAGAACCCCAGCCCUGUGUAUGAGAUGUUGAAGAGGAAUUUGUUUAUGUUGAAUAAUUCGGAUGCAGCAAAGAAUCUUUCAGUCGGCAAGGAUUCUAAUGAGUCUCCAAGUGAAGAUCCUGGUCAGGUUUCCAGUGGGUUGAUUAGCUCUGGACAGGCUCUCAUUGCUGGUAGUUCCAGCACUGGUGCAAUGCAGAGCUGCUCGCAGCGCAGGCCACGCGAUCCUGAUGAAGACUCCUCAGACGGCUUGCCCAGGUCUGCUUGCAAACGGCCAAAAUUGGACGUUACUCUGGAAGAGUGGGACCUUUCUGGGUUGCCUUGGUGGUUUCUGGGUAACCUGCGAAGUAAUUACACUCGCCGGAGCAACGGUUCAACGGAUAUUCACACCAAUCAACUCUCUCCCGGACAGGACGAGGACACGGCCAUUGUUUCUGACACCACAGAUGAUCUUUGGUUCCUGAAUGAGGCAGAGAGCGAGCAAGUUAGUGUGGAUAUGAAGGAGGCAGUGCUGGAGCAGGGAAGUGACGUGGAGUCCCCACAUGAAGAAGAGGAGACCGGGAAAGAUAGUAAAGAUGACAGGAAGAUGCAGGAAGAUCAGGAUGAUGACUCUCAGUGUUUAAGUGAUGACACUGAUACUGAGAUCUCCACACAGGAUGCGUGGCAGUGUUCAGAGUGCCGCAAAUUUAACACCCCUCUUCAAAGGUACUGUAUGCGCUGUUGGGCUCUGCGGAAAGACUGGUACAAGGAUUGUCCUCGUCUUGUGCACUCAAUCUCCGUGCCAGACAUCCCCGCCUGCAGUUCACGUCCUGAGAGGGAUGAAGACGAGGAGGAUGAUGAUGGAAUCGACAUGCCUGACUGCCUUAGGACUGUGUCUGACCCCGUCGUCCUCCCCUCGCACCACAUCGCUAGAAACAUCCCCCCAUCAUCCACCUCCUCGUCUAAAGGAAAGGGUCCUUCCCAGCUUCACCACCACUUACAGGAGAGCUCGGAGGGAGACAGCCAGGACACGCUGGACAUGGAGACAGAAUGCCAACCAGAGGCCAUACUGGAACCCUGCAAGCUGUGCCGAGUGCGGCCGCGAAACGGCAACAUCAUCCACGGCCGCACAGCUCACUUGAUUACCUGUUUCCCCUGUGCCCGCAGGCUACACAAAUUUCAUGCUCCUUGUCCAGGCUGUGGCCAGGUUAUACAGAAGGUCAUUAAAACCUUCAUAGCAUGACCGAAACAUCUUAAAGGCAUGCAUGUAUUAUAAACGCACACUCGCAUACUAGUUUUAAAAUUUUUUCCCUUAUAUCGAAGAAGGCAGGGAGACUGACAAACCAUUUCUGGGCUAAAAUGAAAGCACGGUAUCUAUGAUGAUGAUUUAUAUUGCAUAGUGCAAAUCAAGUAUAUAUAAUGUACAGAAUGUAAUUUAAAGAAACUGGCCUCGUAUUGUUGGUUCGCCGUUGUUUUGUUAGCUUUUACAAAACAUCAUCUCUUUGCAUCUGCUUAGCAUCUGUAAGGUGAAAGAGAGGGUUAACUGCCUUGAUUUGCUACUGAGAGUGGGAAGGUGUGAAUCAUGGGUCAAAAAUAUUAAUAGACCCAGAAGAAAUGCAUGGCUUCAGUAUUUGUGCCUGCAUGAACAAUUCAAAUCCUAACUUUUACUACUUUAAACAGACCGGACAGUGUGCUAAAGAGCUUUCAAUGUACUUGACCAACUUGGUUUUACUUUUUAUUUUUUUUCUCUUUUCUUUUUUUUUUAAGAAGAAUAGAGUAUAAUUUUUCUUUGUUCCCCCUUACAGAUUUCAGGCACUUAAAGACUAAAGCUCUAGGAAUCACUCCUGCGUGAUAUGAUUAUAUGGGAAUAUUUAUUUAUUUAUAAACUUAGUUUUGGUUAAUGACAUCAAAUGGGAUGUCAUUCAUGUGCUAAAGUGAGAGAACCAAUUGCAUUACAGAUGUGAAGUAUUAAACUUUCCAUGUAUGGGAGCUACAAUAGAAAAGAGUAGUUAGGUCAAUGGCCAUGGUUUUCACUUCCUAACUCUUCCUUUGGUUGCUGAAGAUGCUCAGUUCUUUCCUUCCAUUGUUUGUUUGUUUUUCUAUACCUGAACAGAUCUGAUGUAUGAUUUGAGGACAGUUGUGCUAUGUCUGUUCAGGAUUUUGCCUCAUCCACAUACGUGCCUGUUUUAUGAAGGUUAAGGAACUGCCAGGUGAGGUGGCAUUUAUGGAAAGGUAUUUUGAAAGCAAAGUCUACCAUACUGCCAUACAUUUUUUUUUUUCUUUCUCAAAAUGGUCAUCUGUAUUUUUG